AUGGCUGAAGCGCCUACCUUCGACCCUGCCCAUCCUUGGGGUGGCAAUAGUCGUAAUGCUACAGUGGACGUGAACGCACAAUACGCCGGACUAGAGUUCCACUAUACCUACCUCAUCUUCUGCGGAUUCAUCGUCUGGCUCAUCAUCCCAGGUAUCGGUCUUUUAUACGGCGGCCUAGCGCGCCGCAAGAGCUCGCUCUCCCUACUCUUCCAAUCCCUGAUGGUAGCGGCCGUCACAACUUUCCAAUGGAUGUUCUGGGGCUACUCGCUCGCCUACAGCCGGACAGCCAACGCUUUCAUUGGCGACCUGGCCAACUUCGGGAUGAUGAAAGUGCAAGCCGCGCCAUCGCCCGGGUCGGCAGUGAUUCCUGAAAUCGUAUUCUGCCUCUAUCAGAUGCUGUUCUGCGCCUGCACUGUGCAAAUUGUAAUUGGCGGGUCCUUUGAGCGCGGCAGGAUUAUCCCAUCCCUUGUCUUCGGUUUCUGGUGGGCGACGAUUGUGUACUGCCCUAUCGCGUGCUGGACGUGGAACAGCAAUGGCUGGCUCUACAAUCUUCCCUCCCUCGACUUCGCGGGUGGAGGGCCAGUGCAUAUUGCUUCAGGGUGGGCGGCACUGGCGUAUGCUUUCGUGCUUGGGAAGAGAAAGACGAAGGGUGAGAAGAGUCAUGGGAAGCCGCAUAAUACUACUCUGGUGUUCCUUGGAACAGUGCUCAUCUGGUUUGGAUGGUUCGGUUUCAAUGGAGGGAGUGCGCUAAAUGCUUCCGUCCGAGCUAUGUAUGCUGCCUUCAAUACUAACACCGCUGCCUCGACCGGUGCAAUAGGAUGGGUACUAGUCGACUACAUCCGCACGGGUGGAAAGUUCAGCGUGGUUGGGGCGUGUGAAGGAGCGAUUGCUGGCCUGGUCGGCAUUACUCCGGCAGCUGGCUACGUGAGCUGCUGGCCCGCUGCUCUGAUUGGCUUCUUGACUGCUGUAGUCUGCGCGUGUCUGCAAAACCUCAACGACUGGCUACGCAUCGAUGAAGGUCUCUAUGUCUUCAAGCUCCAUGGCAUAGGCGGCAUGAUCGGCUCGUUCCUCACUGGCAUCUUCGCUGAUUCGGCCAUCUCUGCUCUUGAUGGUGUGACGCUGGCGCCUGGUGGCUGGAACGGCAAUGGUAUCCAAGUUGGCAAGCAGUUUGCUGAGAUCUGCGCGAUCUCUGCUUACAGCUUCGUGGUCAGCUGUAUCUUGCUGAUGAUCCUGAAGUAUAUUCCUGGGAUGCAUUUGAGGGUCAGCGAGGAGGCGGAGAUGCAUGGACUGGAUCUCGAUCAGUUCUUUGAUGAGCAGAUUGGUGAGGCGGACUGGGAGAUGUGGUCUAAGGAGCACCCUGUCACCCAUGGCAUUGCUUUGGCGAGGAGUGGUGAGGGUGAGCACAGUGGCGGUUCGAGUAUGGAGAGGGAGACUGUGCAAGCCGAGAGCAAGAAGACGGAUGCUUAG